UCAAAACACAAAUGCCCCUUACUUACAGAAACAACAUACAUAGUUUUAUAGUCCUAGAAUUAAAACCCUUCACUUUUCAGGAAGCAUUUCAAGAGUGGGGUGUUUUAAAUCUUUCCCGAAGCAUUUCACCUUUCAUGACUACAAUUAGCUACUAUAACUCCAAAUUAUCAUGUAUCAUACCUUUGCAACCAUCUAAUAAUAAAUGAAGUUUGAUUUUCUUUAAUGUGACAUGAAUGGGUAACGUUUUAUUCCCAUCUCAGUUGAUAUAAGGUAUCUUAAAAAGGGAGGGGGGUGUUUUAAAUCUUUAAUUAUUCCUUCGAGGAAGGUUGAUGAUGUAGAUGAACAUAAAAGAAUGGAAUAAUGUCAUGACUUUAUGAAGCAAAAGUAAGGAAGAUGUUACUAGAAAAUGACAGAGAGAGGUGGGGAUUCAGUACGUUGUGGAUAUGUCUUCCAAAUUUCAGACCUUAUCUUCUUUCCUAGUAAUAUGGGAGAAGGCAACACAAAACUCAGACCCCAUCUAUAUUUUUUUUUAUCAUCAAUUUUAUCUUAUAAUAAAACGAUGAUAAUUAUUGAUUGAUGAUAAAGGGUUGGGUUUUUGGAUAAAGCAACAAAAAGGAGAAUUAUCUAACUUUUAUGCUACAUUUAAUUAUAAACUAAGCUUUCCACGCAUAUAUAAAUAGCUUCUCAAACGCACAUACUACGGUUGCAAUAUAUAAUACCUUUCUUCUUCUUCUCCUUCAGAUUGAUUCCAAUGGGAGAAUUGCAAGAAACUCAGCGUCUUUAUGUUGAUGAAGCUCAGAGUGGUUGUUGCAGAACGAUCAUGGAAGAUUGUGAAGCUUCAAUGGAGUCUUCCAUGGAGUUUAGUUCUGCAAAUUCUGAAGCAUCUUCUUCUAUGGAGAUGGUGGAAGAUGCCCUUUCUACAGUUUCGAAUUCUUCAUUAUCAUCAUCUUCUUCUUCAAAUGGACCUCUUUUUGAGCUAUCAGAGCUUAUGGUUCAUCUUCCGAUGAAGAGAGGGCUGUCUAAAUAUUAUGAUGGCAAAUCAGAAUCUUUCACAUCUCUUGCAAGUGUAGAGAGAUUAGAAGAUUUAGCAAAGAGGGUUUCUCCCAUUAGAAAAAAGUUCAAAUCUUGUAUGAGUGUUGGAGGAGGAUUUGAUGGCCAUAAAUCCAUUAUCCCAAGAGCUACCAUAGCCAAGAAAGCUUCAAGAUCAAGAGGGAAAAGGAGUCUGCUUUGUGGUUCUAGGUCUGCAGUUUCUGUGAAUUGGCACUGAUUAUUUGCUACCCUUAAAUGACUUGACCACAUUUUCAAGCUCAUUUCUCCCCUCUUCUAUUCUUUGAGAAAAAAUUUGUAGAACCUGCUAUCAAAUCUGGAAAAUUCACAUUGCAAUGCAUAAAGAUAAUCCUAAAAAUCACAUAUCAUUA